GAAUUAAGUGGAGGGCCCAUCGGGGAGACAGAGGGAGAGAGGGAGUGAGAGAGGAGGGGGAGAGAGAGGAGAGAGAGAGAGAGAGGAGGGGGAGAGCGUUUACCACUCCGCAGCUUGUCAGCAGAAGACCUGGCUCUCCGCAUGGAUCUAUGACAGAAGAGCUCCCCAACCUUGGAUUAUUGCACUUGUUGUCUUGUUCUGGAUUAUUUUGGGAUUACCAAGAAGGUUAUUUCUUCAUACCGAUCACUGGUGUGCAGGGCAUGGGCACAGGGGGUUUAUGAAGGAUGGGGAUUUGAUUGACAGCCCUCAGGGACUAUUUAUCGCUGGAGCCUAAAUGGAUAUGAUGCUAUUUACCGGGAGAUCUACCCAGUGAUCGUAGGGGUUGCUUAUACAGGUGCACUUGUGGAUCACCAGCGGAUGGCAGGAGGAGUUGGAGAGCUAUGCAUUGGCUUGUCACAUGUCAAAUGCCAAGCGCUUCUCUUAUCCCAGGAAUAACUUUUUCAAUAAUGCACUAGAAAGAAUAGAAAAAGUGAAGUUUUAGUAAUGGAGACCAGGGUGCCAGCAAUACAAGUAAAUCAAGACAAAACAAACCUACGUAUGGAAAACGACAACAGCCCAAGUAAUGGGAAUAGAGAAUUGUUUGGAUCAGAUGAUGGCUCCAGUAUUGAAGACACAGAUUUCAGCUGGGAUGAGUAUCUGGAGGAGUCCGCAUCAGUUGCUGCUCCUCACACUUCCUUUAAACACGUGGAAAUUAGUCUUCAAAGUAGCUUCCAACCUGGAAUGAAACUGGAAGUGGCCAAUAAGAAUAAUCCAGAUACUUAUUGGGUGGCUACUAUCAUUACAACAUGUGGACAGCUACUGCUCCUGAGAUAUUGCGGCUAUGGAGAAGAUAGGAGAGCUGACUUCUGGUGUGAUGUUAUGACUGCAGACCUACAUCCUGUUGGUUGGUGUACCCAAAACAACAAAGUUCUAAUGCCACCAGAUGCAACGUUAGGUGCCAUUGUGUUCCAGCGCCAGCAGCACUUCCUCGUUUCAAAUGCCUCAACAUCUGGAAUAAAAGAGAAAUGUACAGACUGGGCCGAGUUCCUCAUUCAUGAUCUGACUGGCUCCAGGACGGCACCAGCAAAGCUUCUAGAGGGACCUCUUCGUGGAAAGGCCCCUGUAGACCUCAUUACAGUUGAUUCACUCAUAGAGCUGCAAGACUCCCAGAAUCCCUUCCAAUAUUGGAUAGUCAGUGUGGUAGAAAAUGUUGGAGGAAGAUUACGACUGCGCUAUGUUGGCUUGGAAGAGUCAGAUUCGUGUGAUCAGUGGUUAUUUUACUUGGAUUGCAGACUUCGACCUGUUGGUUGGUGUCAAGAAAAUCAGUGCAGAAUGGAACCACCCUUAGAUCUUUAUCCACUCAAAAGUAUGUCAGAAUGGAAAAGCGCCCUUGAAAAGUCCCUGGUAGAUGCUGCAAGAAGUCCUCUUCCAGUCGAAGUUUUUAAAGAUCAUGCAGACCUAAGACCCCAUUCAUUCACUGUUGGCAUGAAGGUAGAGGCAGUAGACCCAACUGAGCCUUCUCAUAUUCGUCCUGCAACUAUCACUAAGGUGUUUAACAACAUAUACUUCCUAGUAACCAUUGAUGACCUGAGGCCAGAAGCUAGAAAUAUGUCAAUGCUUUGUCAUGUUGAUUCCCUGGGACUCCUACCCAUACAAUGGUGUCUUAUAAACGGAGUUAAUCUAACACCUCCUAAAGGUUAUCCAGAGCAGGACUUUGACUGGGCGGAUUACCAAAAACAGUGUGGAGCAGAGGCGGCACCUCACACGGCCUUCAGAAAUACGUCAAAUUCUCGUGGGUUUACAAAAAACAUGAAACUGGAGGCAGUCAACCCAAAUAAUCCAGCUGAGAUUUCUGUUGCAUCUGUAACCAAAGUAAAAGGAAGAUUACUUUGGAUUCAUCUUGAAGGUCUGGUUAAGCCAGUUCCAGAGUGUAUUGUUGAUGGGGAGUCCAUGAAUAUUUUUCCUGUUGGAUGGUGUGAAGCAAACUCAUAUCCACUUAACACACCACAGAGAGCUGUAGUGAAAAAGAAAAGAAAGAUUGCUGUUGUUCAACCGGAAAAGCAGUUACCAUCCUCAGUGCCUGUGGAGAAAAUACCUCAUGACCCCUGUCCAUUCCCUCAGAGUGACAGCUACUCAACAGGAACAACCAAUGGAAAAUACUGCUGCCCUCAACUGUUCAUCAAUCAUCGCUGCUUUUCAGGACCAUAUUUAAAUAAAGGCAGGAUAGCAGAACUACCUCAGUCCGUGGGUCCUGGGAAAUGUGUGCUGGUUCUUAAAGAGGUCCUCAGCAUGGUCAUUAAUGCUGCCUACAAACCUGGCCGGGUCUUACGAGAGUUACAGUUAGUUGAAGACACAUCUUGGAAUUUCCAGGAAGAAACACUGAAAGCCAAAUACAAAGGGAAAUCCUACAGGGCCACUGUGAAGAUUGUCCGCACGUCAGACCAGGUUGCAGAAUUUUGUCGCAAAGUGUGCAUGAAAUUGGAAUGUUGUCCCAAUUUGUUUAGCCCAUUCCUGGUCACUGACCUUUGUCCGGAAAACUGCUCCAUACAUACGAAAACCAAAUACACUUAUUAUUAUGGAAAGCGGAAAAAGAUUGCAAAGCCUCCUGUUGGGGAGCACACAGCAGACAAUACCCAAACCAAACCAGCAAGGCGCAGAAAGAGGAGGAAAUCAAUUUUUGUACAAAAGAAGAGACGAACAUCAGUGGUUGAUGUUAGCCCGGUUGGCUCUGCUGAGGAAAGUGCAGAAGAUGAUGCCCUUGAAGAUGAUACAUGCAGUGAGGAGACAAGUUCUGAAGUGCGGGAUGAUCAUACUGACACAUCCUCUGUGGAAGUUCCUUCUGUGCGUCCAAGGAGAGCGGUAACCCUUAGAAAUAGCAUUGGAUCUGAAAGAGCACCUCUAGUGGAGAGGGCAAGAAGAGUCCGGAAAACACGCUCUCUUUCUUAUGCUGAAGAGGUUGUCACCACAAGUGGAAAAGAUGAGAAAAAGCAAGAGGAAGAAGAAUGUCUAGUCCUAGAGAGUAACCCCUUGGAAUGGACAGUGACGGAUGUAGUGAAAUUUAUUAAGUCUACAGAUUGUGCUCCCUUAGCAAAAAUCUUCCAAGAACAGGACAUAGACGGACAAGCAUUCUUAUUGCUGACUCUUCCCACAGUUCAAGACUGUAUGGAACUAAAACUGGGCCCUGCCAUCAAGCUCUGCCACCAAAUAGAGAGAGUCAAAGUGGCAUUCUAUGCACAAUAUGCCAACUAAACCCUCUGAUGUGUUUUGCUGAAUCUAACCUAGAUUUAUUGUUAAGGUAAAAAAAAAAAAAAAAAAAAAAAAAAAAAGAAAAGGGUUUUUAUGAAAAAAAAAAGUCCAGACAAAAGAUUUUUUCCACGUUUGUAAGCAUAUGUAUAUACUGCUGCCAUUUUAUUGUAGCUAUGCCUAAUCAUAGCUAUGAAAACCACAGGAAUCUUACACAAACAAAAGAAGCAUUUUUGUCCUGUUUGUCUGAUAUAAAGGCAUACUUUGGCAUGUCUGAUCUUUUAGCAAAACUUGUAAUCUUCUUUCAUAUUGAAAGCGUGUGUUUGUUUUUACCGUGAUCUGUGGCUUAAAUGAAAGCUUUGAUAUAGUAGUUCACUUUCUAUUGUUGCUUCUUGUCAUUUUAAUACCCGUCUAGAGAAAAUAAUGCCUUUCACUGCAGGAGAGGUCUAUCUUUCAUUGCAGAGUAAUAAAUUGCUGGAGACUUCACUUGCAGUUAACCUGCCAUUGAGCUGUAAAGCCGGGUUAGCUAAAAGGAUAUAGUUAUCUUAUUUAAUGAAUGAUAAGGCCGAGGUGUAACUGUUUUAAUUUCCAACACUGCCGAGUCAGAUAGAAAUGUAUGAAAAAUAUACUACUAAAGGCUCCCAAAGCUUCACUUCCAUCCUUGAUAUCAAUUUGCUCCCUUCCUUAUGGCAAAGCCAUUUAAUAUGUUAUUUUAAUAUCUGUUUUCCUCUUAUGCAACAUACAAUCUACCACUUAUAAAAUAUAUACAUGUUUGGUUCUAUACAAUCAUAAUUAUUAAAAGGGUUAUCCAGGAUUAGAAAAACAUAGCUCCCUUCUUCCAAAAGCAGUGCUACAACUUGGCUCCAUUCACUUCAAUAGAACUGAGGGAAAAUGGCAAUGUACGAGAGAAAAAACAACUAUCCUUAUCCUGGAUAACCUCUUGAACAAUAAUUUUUUUUCUAUAACUACACAUUCUAUCUUGAAUAUGGUUAUGAAAUUUGAGAAAUAAAAAAAAGGAUAUAUAACUUUAACAUCUAGCAUAGGCAUCAUGUGUAUUCAGUAAUAAAGGGCCCAGUAAUAAAGGGCCUCCUCCCAUAGACUUGCAUUGAGGGGACGGGCGUGACGUCACAUGGGGCGGAGUGCUGACAUCACGGACUUCCGUACCCAUAGUCGCGACUCAGAUCCUCCAGCGCUUCCGGACAAAAAACAGGGUGGGUGCCGCAUGCAAUACUGCGGGGGUCCCUAGCGGUGGGACCCCCGAGAUCAGACAUCUUAUCCCCAUCUUGUCUAGGGUUGGAGUACCCUUUUAACCCCUUAAGGACCAAGGACGUACUGGUACGUCCUUGGUCCUGCUCCCGUGAUAUAACGCGGGGUGACACGGUAACCCCGCAUCAUAUCACGGCGGGCCCGGCGUCAUAGUGAAGCCGGGACCUGCCGCUAAUAGCGCGCAGUGCCGAUCGCGGCGCCGCACGCUAUUGACCCUUUAGCCACACGCUCAGAGCUGAGCCGCGCGGCUAAAAGCGAAAGUGAAACCAUGCCGGUUAACUCAGUGGGCUGUUCGGGAUAGCCGCGGCGAAAUCUCGGCAUCCCAAACAGCUUACAGGACAGCGGGAGGGCCCCUACCUGCCUCCUCGCUGUCCGAUCGCCGAAUGACUGCUCAGUGCCUGAGAUCCAGGCAUGAGCAGUCAUGUGGCAGAAUCAUCGAUCACUGGUUUCCUAUGAGAAACCAGUGAUCAUUGAUAAAGAUCAGUGUGUGCAGUGUUAUAGGUCCCUAUGGGACCUAUAACACUGCAAAAAAAAAGUGAAAAAAAAAGUGAAUGAAUAUCAUGUAACCCCUCCCCUAUUAAAAGUUUGAAUCACCCCCCUUUUCAUAAAAAAAAAACACAGUGUAAAUAACAAUAAAAGUAAACAUAUAUGGUAUCACCACGUGCGUAAAUGUCCGAAUUAUAAAAAUAUAUCAUUAAUUAAACCGUUCGGUCAAUGGCGUGCGCGCAAAAAAAUUCCAAAGUCCAAAAUAGUGCAUUUUUGGUCACUUUUUAUAUCAUUUAAAAAUGAAUAAAAGGCGAUCAAUAGGUCCUAUCAAUGCAAAUGGUACCGUUGAAAACUUCAGAUCAUGGUGCAAAAAAUGAGCCCUCAUACCGCCCCAUACACGGAAAAAUAAAAAAGUUAUAGGGGUCAGAAGAUGACAAUUUUAAACGUAUUAAUUUUCCUGCAUGUAGUUAUGAUUUUUUCCAGAAGUACGACAAAAUCAAACCUAGGGUAUCAAAAGUAGGGUAUCAUUUUAAUCGUAUGGACCUACAGAAUAAAGAUAAGGUGUCAUUUUUACCGAAAAAUGUACUACGUAGAAACGGAAGCCCCCAAAAGUUACAAAACUGCGGGUUUUUUUUUUCAAUUUUGUGGCACAAUGAUUUUUUUUCCGUUUCACCGUAGAUUUUUGGGCAAAAUGACUGAUGUCAUUACAAAGUAGCAUUGGUGGCGCAAAAAAUAAGCAAUCAUAUGGAUUUUUAGGUGCAAAAUUGAAAGAGUUAUGAUUUUUUAAAGGCAAGGAGCAAAAAAUGAAAAUGCAAAAACGGAAAAAACCCCGGUCCUUAAGGGGUUAAAUAUAGUACAUUCUUACAGCAGGUAUAAGGCAAAAUCGUGUUCAUCUCUAUUCCAUACUUUUUAUGUGUUCUUCUACUGAAAUCUGAAGAUAAGUCUUCGCUAACUGAUCAUUGCAGACAGUCACUGAUGCAUUACUUAUUGGGCACAAGCUUGAUUUUAAUUGUUGGUCGCAAGAGAAUUUCAAGUUUCUGUUUAAUUUGGUCUAAAAGUGACCAUGUAGUAUGAAUGACUGCACUUACAUGGCCAUAUACUUUCAUUGGCCACAUUUCUCAGCUGUUUGCAGCACCGUCAGUCGGAAAUAUCUAACUGGAUUUCAGUUUUGUGGCCAAAAUUGCAGCAAGCUAAUGUAGUUAUUAUAAUACAGUAUAUCCUGUAUUACCUGUACUCAUGAUACCUGGAGGACUAGAUAGGACCUUUCAGUUGAAUAGAAGUUGGUAUUCGCAGACAGAUUUAGAUUGCUUGCUUGCUUAUUUGCUUGUGUUUCUUAUUUAUAAAAUGAUAGAGUAAAUUGCACAAGAAAUUUGUUGAUUUUUUUUUAACAUAUAUUGCUUUUAUAAUAGAACUACAAUAACUGGAAUUUUACAUAAACUGAAGUUCUUCUACAUAAUACCAGUUUCAUUCCAGUGUACAGUACAAGACAACAUUUUUUAGAUGUAGUAUUUGUCUUUGUGAGUCUUUAUGAGUUCUCACUGCAUCUUUUGUUGUGUCUACGGUAUCUUUGACCUAUAUAAAUAUUUUGGCUGCAGUACCAUAUUCACAUGUCAGGAGUCUAAAUUAUUGGCUCCCACCAACAUGCAAUGUAAAUAGACCUGUACAGGUAAAGGUUUUUUGAGAUGGAAACACAUUAACAGUCUAUCCUACUGGGACCCCUAUAGUUAAGCAGAACAAAGAUGCUUUCUGUGUUCUCUCAAAUGGGGCUUAAUGUGUCAUUGUAUCUGAAUAAGCACUGAAGGGGGUCUCUGGAGCAAAAGAGACCUUAUUCCUAUUCAUCAGGGAAGUAAGAAUUCCAUACCAUAGGCCCCUAAUUUGUUUUUCUAGGAAAUCCCUCUAAUUACACAAUAUAAUAUUAUGAAGUGAGACCUUUCGGUUCUCCAGAACGUUUUUCAUCUUUUUGCCAUGGUUCCUUUGAUUUCAUAUCCCCUCUUCAUUUAUGGAAAGUGACUGCCUACUUUUCAGACUAUUGUUCCCUGGUUCUCAGCACUGAUCAUCAGAGUCAGUCUAUGUUAGAGCUAUAAGUUGUGUCCCUGUAUAGUGAAGCACAUUGUGCAUUGGGUAGUCUAAGUAGCUAGAAGUCACUUUGUCUAAAUAAAGAAAGGACAUGGAAUUAGAAAAACCACGGCAAAAAGAUGAACAGGAGAGCACAAGGCAUUUCAUUUUUACAUUUAUGUUCACACAGUGUAUUUCCAGGCAUAUUUUAUUGAAAAAAAAAAUGCAUAUGUAAAAUCCCAGAAAAAUUGCGUCCUUUGUUGCAAAAUGUCUGUGCACAUAGUAUAUAAAAAAGGAUGUAUAUUAUACAUGUGUAAAAAUAAGGGACAUGUAACUUAUUAUGCAGGUGAAAAAAUAGCCUUUCAGUCAUUUUACAGACUCAUUUUUUCCAAUAAAAUACGCCUGAAAAUACACUGUCUGAACAUAGUCUUAAUGUGAACUUUUUAAUGGAGAACCAGAAAAUGUAAGAACACUGUGGUGUUGUACAUUGGGAAAAAUCCUUUUUUUUUUUUUUUUUUUUUUAAAGAGGUUGCAUGGUCUUGUAAAAGGGGAAACUUCUUUAAAAAGUAACCAAGCAUUAGAUUUUACUAUACGUAACACAUUUUUGAGGAUAUGAAGUUAUAAAGUCUCACCCGCUGCCCUGCAAGGGGCUACUUAGGGGUCGGCAAGGCAGACUUUAGGAAUUUUUAUAACUUCAUCAUAUACUCAAAAAUUUCCCCAGGGAAUGAUGAAGAUAAAGAUUUUACCAUAUAUAUUGCGUUGCCAACCAUUAUAGAUGGUAAAAUCUAAUGCUUGGUUUCCUUUAAAAAUUUGUGUCGCCUGCUGAUCUCAAACUUCAUGUAAACUGUAACUGACAGUUCUAGAGUCAGAGCAAUAGUUCAAGUCAGAGCAAUAGUACAAUAGUUGUUGCCUGCCAUUCUCAUUCAUGUUUAUCUAAUAUAAACUAAGUUCUGAAGUGAUCUUUUUCCUGUAAAUAGGGAACAAAACACAUUCAAGGAUUCCAGUAAAAAUCACCUAAUUUCUCAAUGAGCAUGAUUUAUUUCAUAUGGCAUUUCCAAAUGUCAAGAGGUGAAAUAAAAUAGGGAUUUUUGUCAUGACUUUAUUUUCUAUCUGGGACAUAAUAGUAUUGGCUUCCUGUGUUCAUGAAGACUCCCACUCAAUCUGUGCUGAAUAUUACAGUAAAUUUGUGUAUGUCACAACAGAAUACCUUCAAAUGUCCCCUGAUGUCCCCACUAUAGUCAUCAGAUUAUUAAUAACUAAAUCCUAGUGGACAGAGAAACAACUAGUGGUCAUGUCGAAUGAAGAGUUAAAUAUUAGCUUAGUUCUUAGCCGAUCUUUUCCUGGCUUGUUCCCCCGAUUAUUGAAUGUCCAACUUUGCAAAUGUCUCUCGGACAUGUCAAAAGUUUUUUUUAAGUGACAGGUACACUUAAUUUUUUUAUUUAUUUCAUUUUAAUACUGUACAAUUACUAUGAGGGCAGCCAUCUUUCCCGAACUGCUUUUAACAGCUACAUAUACAUAAGCAACAACAGUCUGAAGGGGAGGUUGAUCUGUGACCAUCACCUAUUGUGAAUGACAUCAUCCAAUCUUAUCUAUGUAAUCCUGCUUUGAUGAUAAUGAUGAGUUUGCUGAAAUUUCUUUUUUUUUUCUCAACAAAAUAGGAAGUGUAAUGCUAUUGUUAGGCUUAAUGGCCAGACUGAAAGUGCAAGAUUUGAUUUAAGCAAUAGGUAAUUUCUGAUGCUACAUUCUGAUGCUACAUAACUAGACUAUGAUUCAAAAACGAGUUGAAAUGACUUGACAUAGAAACCCGUUUUCUAUUUCCCAAGUUAGGAAACACAAAAGGAAGGAUCUGAAAGAUGAAAUAACCAUGGCGACCAAUAUGCCGUAUGGGUUACAAAUAGAUAUAGAGCAAAGGAUAGCAUAUUUUAUUAAAUUGUAUUUUGACAAAUCUAUUUUGCUGUUUGCUUCUCAAGCUACAUGAAAUGUCAGUGUGUUCAGCUAUAGAUUGUGUUUGAUUAGCUCGGAAAGGUUAAUAUAGGAUAAUGAUAUUCUGAUUUUACAUUUAAGCUUCUGUUUGAAAGCUUAUGUCAGGUGUUCUUAUUUAUUCAUGACAACCUUUAUGGACACGGAGCACAAGGUGACCCGUCUGUGGCAGCAGCAGAUAUGCUACUACAUACUUGUGUACCCUACAAUUUUUUAUUUUGUAAAUAAAUAUUUUAGACACCUUUUCUUAUGUUACAUGACAGAAAGACAAAUUGAAAAUUUCACUUGCACAAUGCUUCUCUAAACAAAGACAUAUGAGAAAAAGACAAAUACACAUUCAUUAGAAUGUUCUUAUUUAUUUGCUCUGCUACUCCAAUACAUCUUCAGUAUACAUUUUUAUUGUAUUUGUAUUGCAAACUUCUUAUCCAUGGUUACAAUUAAAGGAGUAUUCUAGAAUAAGAAAUGUUUUUAAACCAACCGGUGCCAGAAAGUUAUACAAAACUCAACAAAAGAACUCCAGCCCUGAUCAACUGCUGUAUGUUUUUGUAGAAGUCAUAUAGUUCUAUCCAGUACAACACAGUGAUCCCUGCUGCCACCUCUGUCCAUGUCAGGAACAGUCAAGAGUGCAAGAAUGAAAAAAGUUUAUUCCUGGGGUUUACUCCGGCUCUGGAAAGUUCCUUACACAGUAGUACUAAUCCAUCAGCACCACCCCUCCACAAAAAGUCACACUGUUACUAUAUCCUACGGAGCCCCCUCUGUAUCUGGACCUUAAAGUGCUCACUUUAUGUUUUAAUUCCAUGUUUUAUAGCAAUGAAUGGAGGAUAUAAAAGGUAGGAGUAAUGGCUCUACUUUUCCUAUGGAUGAUUGUUGAUAAAUCUCCAUUAAUAAUUUAAAAUAAUAAUUUAAAAUAAUAAGGAUCUAUUGACAUGUACUUGAUUACUAUAUUUUUCUUAAGUUUGUAAUAAUUAAUGAAGUGAUGCUGCGGUCAGAAAGCGCCAUUUUAUAAGGAUAGAAUGAGCUGUUUCUAGGGUAGUGCUAAUUAAUACAGCCACUUGUCAGAGUUAGCUGUCAAUCCUCAUAUCAUAAGUUGUAAUGAUUUUAAUAUUUGUUUUUGGGCAAGGGCAUGCAAUUUAGUUAUUUCUGUAUUAUGUAUAUACAUUUUUCCUUGUAUAUAAGUAAAAUCUAUUUACAGAGAUUUAUUUUAAUUUGUAUUAAAAACCAACCCUUUCUACUUGAAGGACUUGUAAACCACCAUGUUAAUAAAGCGCUAUUGAAACAUUUUAAGGUU